ACAAGACGAUAAAGCUUUGGCACAUUGCUCUCGAGUCUGACACAAGGUUCGAAUCGUGCGUGUCUGACGUCAGAUCUCUAGCAGCGACUGCGUUUCCAGUUUCCGCACUCAGGCCAAAAGGCAAAAGAGGCCUCACAACGAACGUUUCUUUGAUACAGAGGCAAAACACGAGAUACAAACCUUCAACACACACACAGAAGAACCAUGGUGGAGUACUACCAGAUUUUAGGCGUUCACAAAAAUGCAACUCAAGAUGACAUCAAGAAAGCUUACAGAAAACUGGCAUUGAAGUGGCAUCCUGAUAAGAACCCAGACAAUAAGGAGGAAGCAGAGAGAAGGUUUAAAGAGCUAUCUGAGGCAUAUGAAGUCCUCUCUGAUGAAAACAAGAGGAAUAUUUAUGAUCGAUAUGGCAAAGAAGGCCUUUCAGCGGGAGGAGGCCAUUAUGAUCACUUUGGCGGUCCCAGCUUCACAUUCCGUAAUCCUGAGGAUGUCUUCAGGGAAUUCUUUGGGGGCAGAGAUCCAUUUGCAGAUUUAUUUGCUGAUGACCCUUUUGAUGACUUCUUUGGCGGACACAGUCGUCAUAGGGGAGCAAGCCGAAGCAGGACCGGAGGUUCUGUCUUUGGUUUUGGGGGCUUCCCAGGCUUUGGGUCUGGCUUUUCAGGGUUUGAUUCAGGUUUUCACUCAUUUGGAAACAUGGGUGGAAGUGGAUUCACUACCUUCUCCUCUUCAUCUUUUGGCGGCGGUGGUGGGGGAGGAGGAAUGGGUAACUUCAGAUCAGUGUCGACCUCAACCAAGAUUGUCAACGGCAGGAAAAUCACCACAAAACGGAUUGUGGAGAAUGGCCAAGAGCGGGUGGAAGUGGAGGAGGACGGUCAGUUAAAAUCUCUCACAGUUAAUGAUAUGGCGUCCGGAGACACCUCAGAGGAAGAGGUUCGCUGCUGCAGACAGAACGCCCUCCCCGGCCUCAGCCCGCACCAGCGCUACCUGAGGAACGCCGCCCCGCCUCCCUCGGAGGAAGAGGAGGAGCACGGCCUGCACAGCCUGGGACUAACGAGAGGUCACAUUGACAACAAGAGGAAGAAACUGUGGUUAAAGGAGGCCGAGUCCAAAAAGAAAAGAACUCCUCGACUCUUCCCCCGAUUCGGUGGACUCGGUGCAUUUUUCUAAACACUUAAACACACUUGUUGGCAGAAACGCAGUGAAUCGUACUGUACUGCACUGUACCUGGCAUUAGAUUGUCUUUGCUUUGUUUUAGUGACCCAGCAUCCCCGCGGCUGAGCAUUAUCACUUUAUGUUCCUCUGCUCUAAUAGAAAGCAUCGCUCUGCUUUCAUCAGCCAAACUGAGGCAUUAAAAAAAAUCUCACUGCAGUGUUUUCGUUUGUCCGAGUUUCAUAUUGAGCAGUUAAACUUCAGCCAAUGCUGGAUUUAUUGUGGGCGGGCCUUGAAGAUGAUCAAGCAGCAAUUCAGAAAGUGUUGAUCAUAAUUAAUCUCUGAUGAUUGGAUUUUUCAUGGUUUUGUUGUUGUUGUUGUUGUUGUUGUUGUUGUUGAAGUGUCGGUCUUGGCUUCAGGUCCACGGAGGAUUGUUUGUGAGAGGUGUGAAAAUGACGGCACUAAUACUGUAGAGGAUGUGAGAAGACGUGAAGGUCAAACUAUUCAGUGGAUCUUUUUUAUCGACAGAGACGAGUGGGAGAGAUGGUAAAUGGGCGGGAUGUGAAACAGAAAGUGUUGAUGAGUGAGUGUUAUUCCAUAAAGAACUGAAUAUGAAGACAGUCACAUUAUCCAGUCCAUUUCCACAGGGUUAAAAUAGCAAUUAACCCCCUCUCAAACACGUUUGCUUGAUAAGUUUCUGUUCUGUGUGGAUUCAGCAACAUGUCGAAUCUUUGGUGGCACAACAUUUUACUCAAAAUAACAGUUGUGGUCAACUGAUUUGUCCUUGUCAUCUUGUUCUCAUAAAUUUAAAUGUCAGAAAAGUGUGAUUUUUUUAAAAGUGGAAUCCUGCCAAUAAAUCCUUACAGAAAA